AUCUCACCCAGCCCAACCCAACCACCAAGUCACCACCAGUCCUCCCGGAUCCGCCUCGGUCACAUCUCCCUCCCCCUGCUACUGCUCUCGCAUCGCUCCCUCCGCCGCCCUCGGGGUCGGCGCCAUUGGCGGCGCGCUUCUACCACCACCCGUCCCAGGCCAGCAGUUGUAAACAUGCUUCACCAUUCAAAUAGCCGGAACCAAAGGAACAGGGGAUCAAGAAUCAAAACACUACUCCAAGCUACCUUACUUUUAGGUGUUGUUAUUUGGCUUCUGUAUCAGGUGAAGCAUUCCUAUGACAGGAAAAAUGAGUACUUGGAUGAUCCUGAGGACCAGCUUGCCCAUAAUGAUAGAAGCAUGUUCCAGGGGAGGAAAGAAAAGGCAGGUAGUUACAGCGAUAACAACAUGGAAAUGUUUGGAGAGCAUUCAGUUUUAAUAACCAAAACAGAGGAAGGUGCUGUAGAUCAUCAUUCAGAUACUUUUGAUCACAAUGAAGAGAAGAAUGGAGAAACUGUAUUUGAGAAAGACAAUACUGACUUGCAUGAAGAUGAUAAGAGAAACACUGAGAGGUCAGAAGCUGAAGAAGGGCAAGCCAACAGUGGCGAUGGCAAUACGGAAGCUCAUAGUAAUAACAAUGCCGAUGAAACAACUGGUCACUCAGAAGCAGACAAGCAUGAUGCUGAAUCCAACUCUGUCGCAGAGGGUAAAAGUGAAGUCCAUUCAACUGGAGAUGACGUGUCCCAAAACAAUCAUGCACAAGAGGAAAACACUGGCGAGAUGAAUGGAAAGUCCCAUGAUGCAGUGGUACAAGGUGAUGAAUCCACUAAUACAGAUCAGACCAAUGCAAGCGGCAAUGGAUCAGACAGAGAAGAAGGUGAGAAAAAGGUGGCAGUGGAUACUCAAACUGGCUCUGAAUCCCUUCCUGACGAUGCCAAGACUGAGACAAGUGAUGGCCAUGCCACCGGAAGUCUUCCUGAUGAAACUGGUAAUAUACCAUCGGUUCAUAAUGAUAAUUCGCAAAAUGAUGCCAGUGAAAACCAGGGUAAUGCAGCUUCCACUACGUCAGAUUCUUCUGAGCAUAGCACCAGUGAGGCUGUUCAUAUUGAGACUGGAUUGGAGGAUGAAGGUGCAACAACAUCAUCUGGAACUGCAUCUGGUGAUGAUAAGGGUAACUCUGUGGAGUCUAACUCAUCUCUUGACGCCACUGCAGAAGAAAAGACUGGGACUGCAUCUGGUGAUGAUGAGAAGGGUGCAGAAGCAGGUACUGCCAAUGAGGUGUUGGAUUCCAAAGCAGGGACCUCUGAGGAAGGCAAUGCUGCAACAGGAGUUGCCAAUGACCAGGCUGCAAAUACGGAGACAGAGAACUCCCAAGGAGACUCUGCUGCUGAAGUAGUCAACGGUUCUUCAGAAGAGACUAAGCCUGUGGAGAACCAGAGUGAUGGAACUACAGAGGCGUCUAACAAUGGUGAGCAGGUGGAUGCCAAGAUUGAAACCAGCACAUCUACCAAUGACGAGCACAGUGAAUCUCAAGGCGGCGAUGGCAGUUCUGGAUCAAAUGACUCAAAUGGCAGUGGAUCUGAACAAACUGGCACAACUGAAACCCAGUGAUACCACCUAUUGGACGCGAACAUUGUUUAGUAUACAUCUGUUCCUAGACAUGAAGAGAAGCCAGUGCACAUAGGAAAACUUUUCAGAUUGUGGUUCAUCAAUUGUAGUUGAUUCUGCCGAUGUACAAUUGUGCCAAUUCCGCAGACCACAUGAUCGGUUCUUUGCAAUGCUAUCGCUUAUAGCAUGUUUUCUUGUCAAGUUGUACUCAAGUGACUUUGGCUGCAUUCUAUAUGGUAAUCUGUUCAUUGUUUGGUGUAAUGACAAAGUCGUAUGAAAUUCGGAAUCCAACUGCGGGCGAAACAUCCAUCUUAUAGGAUGACUGCUACUCAUGUACUGCUGUUUUCUUUUUCUUC